AUGUCUUCUAAGAAGAGAGGAAAUGAAAAAUUGUCCUGGAACAAGACUUAUGGUGAAAUAAAAGCUAAGCAUAAUGAUGCCUUCAUCUCCAUAGAUCAAGCUAUCACCUUAGAAGAACGGGAAAAACCCAAUGAGGCAAUAGAGAAGUACAAAGAAGGCAUCAGACUGAUAGAUGAAGCACUGAGCAUUCCAGUCCAGUGUCCUGAUAAUCCAGACAUAACCUGGGAGAAAGCUUGUUUGAUGAUCCAAAAAAUCAAAAAAACUAGAGCAGAAGUCCUAACUAGAAUCCAUUCUAUUCAAGGUACUCACAGCUCUAAUGCUGCUGCCUCUCUGGAACACCCUCCAUCCUAUGAGGAGGCAACUUCUUCAGCUGAGGACUCAGUCGAAGAAUUUCCCAGGACCUACAAAGACCUGGCAACUGCUCUCAAUGAGUUGAGCAUUGAUCCUAACCAAAAUUUGCAUGAAGAAAUCAUUUAUUCCCAUGAUGGGGUUAGGUUGUAUUUUAUAUCCUCAAAUGGUGAGGUGGUUUCUACAAGGGAGCCUGAGAAUUUGAUGAUUUAUUUGGUGGAGGAGAGGGAGCCAAAUACCCCCAAAGCUGUCUUGAAAAUUGGGUCUUGGGUGUACCCUUUAGUACCUGGGGUGUCUCCCUGUUAUAGAACCAAUUAUGGGGCUUUCAUAUUACCUGAUUUGCAUGCUACCUUACCAGGUUCUUCUGUUGGCAUCAUCUUGCCUUCUGAUGCUGAUGACGAAGUUUUUGACCUUCUGGAGAAUAUCCUACAUGGUAUCAUAAGUACACCAACUGGAGAAGCAGUUCAUGAAUGGAGAAAACGUAGAGAGGAAGAAAAACUAGAUGAUUACAGUACCAAAAUUUCAAAUACUCUGAUAAAUGGGGCUUGGUCCAUUUCCCAAGGUCUUAUCAGAGGUGCUGAAAAGGCAGGCGAAUUUUUCAAUAACACCACGCCGAAAAUUAUAAACAACAUGCAGAGUUCAGAAAGACCGGCAGAAAUUCCACCCAAGUUGUCAAAAAGUAUGGAAUUUGCCGGUAAUGCAACGCAAAGAGCUGCUCAAGUCACUGGAUUUGUAGCGGACAAAGUUAGUUCGGCAACCGUCCGCUUGGGCCAAUUUUUGGCGCCCCACAUUCAAAAACAGGGCACUCGUCUUUUAUCAUCGGGUUUCAAAAUGUCGGAACGCGAGGCUUCCGACAAAAUGGAGGGCGUUUUGAAUAUCGCCGCAGGCGCAGUAGAAGGUUUCUCCACCGUCUACAGAGGCCUCGAGGCUUCGGCCGCCAUUUUGGGCGGUAGCCUCAAACAAAACACCGUCAAAAUCGUAGAACACAAGUACGGCCACCCUGCAAGUACCCUGACAGGUGACACCCUUUCAACGGUAGGAAACGUGGUGACGAUUGCACACAACGCCAGAAUAUUAACCCCCAAGGGGUUCGCCAGACGCGUCGUCAAGGACACCGGAAAAGGCGUCGUUUACGGACGGUCGAGCUCUUCCAGAGGCGCCGCGGCGUUCAGGGACGCCGGUAGGAUGGUGCCCAACGGUUUUGCGGGGGAAAAAGAGGGGUUGGAGGGGGCUGAAGGCCAAAAUGAUAAGGUGUAA